UAUGAACUAGAUCAUAAGCGAACUAUAUGACUCGAUUAAUAAACACAAAUUUAACAACAAUUGUUAUUACAUAUUUCGCUUAAUUUUUUAAUUAAAUCUAAAAACGAGUCAGUCAAUUAAGCAUUGUAUGGCAUAGAGGGCAACUCUAAAACAUUAUUCACGCAUAACAACAAAGACAAACAGCUGUUUUCUCUUUUCGGAUUGCAGCGAAAUUCCGGCAAAACUGGCUCACAACAGCAGUAGCAUGCGGCGCAACAAUUAUCCCUACCAGCCGCUCAAUCAACAGCCAGCAGCGCCAAGUGGACACGAUGCCUUGGAAGCGGAAAACGAACGAGCUGCUGAGGAGCUGCAACAGAAGAUUGGCGCCCUGAAGUCGCUGACCAUUGAUAUUGGGAAUGAGGUACGGUAUCAGGAUAAACUGUUGCGCGGCAUUGACGAUGACAUGGAUCGUACCGGCGGUUUCCUCGGCAACACAAUGACGCGAGUAGUGCGUCUGGCCAAACAGGGUGGGGGAUCCAAGCAAAUGUGUUACAUGUUCCUCUUUGUGCUCUUUGUGUUUGUGCUGCUCUGGCUGACGCUGAAGUUUAAAUAGUGUUUGAUUCAAAUAUACAUAUAUCUAUAUUAUA